UAGUAGACCAAGGCUAAAAUUGUAUAUUAACUUGUAGGUAAAAAAUAAGCAAAAAUCCUCAAUUCCUAACUAAGUGCAAUUACAAUAAUUUUCCGACGAUUGGGUUUUACUAUUUUUUCGAUCAAAACGAUUAUUAUGUUUAGUCCGUUUUCUUCAACAGUUUGAGUGUUGCUGUUUUCCCCCAUUUAAUUUGUGAUAAACUCGUUUACGACUUGUUAAAAAAAGACCCUAACAAUAUUGUUGUACUUAUUUAGAUUAUUCUGAACCUUGGCUGACUAUAAGAUUAAACAAAGAGUAAAGAUAAAAUGAUUUAAAUACAGCGUAAAUAUUUUAACAUUAAUUGCGCUCGAAUCUUACAUUUCUAAAUAAGGUUUUUGCUGUUAAUUAUUUUUUUUCAAUGAGAGUGUUUAUCUUGCGUUUCAGCGUGAAUGACAAACUAAUAAGAUUAUCAUUUUUUGCAUCACAACAAUCGUAAUAGUAUGUCUCCGAAUCAAGGACGAAUAUUUUUCCUAAAUCUCGAGACUAAAAAAAAUGGACCUACAUAAUGUGAUGUGUAGUUUCUUUAUAUAAUAUAAUAGUUUAUAUUUGAUGUGUAGCAAUAAAAUAAUAAUACAACAUAAGUGAUGAGUAAUAACAAACAUUUUUAUUCAUUUCAGGUGUGAUUUAUUUACAGACAAAAUUAAAAAUGAUAUGGCGAUGCACUUGCGUUUAGGAUAUGUUACCGGAAAAGUGAACAAUUUAAGCAUUAACGAAAUAUUAUAUGCAAACCACCUGAUGAUUUUACGCUAAGUAGUCACUAAUUCUUAUGUUUCAAUUUUUAAUGUGGGUAAACCUAUUGAAUCCAAGUAUACACAUAUCGGUAUUGUUUGGCCUGAAUUUAUUAUUAUUGUUAUGUUCGUAAUGCAUAGUAAUUGCCACAUAAAUACUUAAUAAUAGGUAUAAUGUAUAUACCUAAAAUGCCUAUGUUCUUAUAUGUUGGAAUAUGAAAAAUUAAUCAAUUUAUAUACGACCAAAGCAACGAGCUUAUGCCACAAUACAUAAAAAAGUAGGUAUCGUUUUUCUUUUUAUAAAUUUCCGUGUGCAUUUAAAACAAACUCGCCAUGCAGUGCCUUGUCAGAUGUUAUUUUUCCACACUUCUUUAUGUCACCUACUCACCUCCGUACCCUAUGUCCAUAUCUCUGUUUUUUUUUUGUACAAUAAUAUGCUUUUGGGUACAACUGAUUUAUGUGUUAUAACCGAUUUUUGCAAGGCCAAUUUUCUCAAGUCAAAUUUUCGUAACUCUGAAGCAAAUUUGUGCAUUGCCAUAGAAACUCAAAUCAACCAUACAAAUUAAACAAAACAUUAUUAAAUUAAAUUCCAAACAAAAUGUAGCAUGGUACUAGGUAUUUGUCCACUGCACUAAACCCAAAAACGUAUCUAUAUGAUUCCUCAAUUUUUCUUGUAGAGGAGUGUUUUCCAACCGGUGGUCGGCCGUGGGUUAGUCAUAGGUGGUUCGCGGUACCAUAGAUUUGUUCUAUUAUUAACUUUAUUCCUAGAUAGCGAAAAACAUUAAGACUUAUUGAGGAACAGCAUUAUACUUGUUAAUGAGCAAAAAAAAAAUAGGUGUUCCUAGUUUUCAUAAAAUUGAGGUGGUCCGCGACCUAUAAAAUAUUGUCGAAGUGGUCCGUGAUGGUAAAUGGUUGGGAAACACUGUUUUAGAGGAAACACUUUUAGUAGCAUGUUUUUUUUAUACGACUUAUUAUUAUUACCUGUGUCGAUAUUGGUAAACUAUUGGAUGCUAUAUCUUUGAAAUAAUUACUCAUCGGUAUUAGGUAUAUUAGGACCAUAGGAACUGUUUGUGUGUUGCACAUCCAAAUUGUACGACUCCUAAGGAUUUUAGUGAUGGUACCCACACAUUAACUUAGCGGGGAAUAUUGUAUAAACGGGGCGUAAUGCGUUAUUCACUUUUCUGGCUGUAAAGCGUGUACAAAAAUAUAAUUGAAACUAAAAUAGUCUUGUGCUACCAGCAUAUUUUGACGUAUCACCUGCAAGAAGCUGAAAUGUUUCGAGAAACGUCUAGAAUGGAGUUAUGUUCCACUCUAACGCGUUGACGGCAUGGUUUGAAAUAUGUAUAUAUUAUAUUCAAAUAAUUUUAAAUUGUAUUUUUUAUUCAUAUAUUUUUGAAAUCGUGGUUGACGGUAACUUAUCAACCAUAUACUACGCAUCGUUUAUCUCUGAGUAACUUAGAUACUUGAAAGCGAUAGCCGCGUGCGAGUGGGAGAAGAAAAAAAAAGAGUUUUCCGGACGAUAUAAAUAUUCUAGCAGUGACUGCGUGCGUAAUAUAAUAAUAUAUACAACGCUUGUCUCAUCCGUAUGCGUGUAUCACAAUAUUAUACACACACAAGUGACAAGAUCCCUCCAUACUAUAUACGUCUCGCUCUUGCCCACUCACCCGAUGGGUGUGUUCGGCUUCAGGAAAAUAUUACGUCGUCGACCCUCGUUAAUUCGAGCACGCGGACGGCACACUCUCGUGUCGGCUAAAAGUCCGUUGUAGUUUGCACGCACGCACGAGGCGAAGCUGUCCAUUAAACAUUCAAAAGAUGUCAAGUGCCAGUUUCCGUUCAGACACACACACACACACACACACACACACACACACACACGAUAUACAUAAUAUAAUAUUAUACACAUAUAUGUUUGGUUGUAUGUGUGUUGUUUUAUGCGAGAGUAUUAUAUACGAUAUGUGUAUAUACAUAUAUAAUAAUAUGUACAACACGCUAUUCGCACCACGCGUGACGGUUUCACGCGCUCAAAACAUCUGUCUCCCCGAAAGUUACUUAAAUAUAUGGGGGUCUUAUUCAAAUCGCUCGCUCACUGAGGGCAAGUGUAACGGACUGAGAGCGACUUUAUAUGCUCAUGCAGCGGCGGUAUCCCAAUGAAUAUUAUAUAAUAUUAGUAAAUUCCCCUAUCUACCCACAUACCUACACCUACUUAUACCUGAAGAUCCACGUAUACGUCCACUUUUCAGCCACUUGGUGCCAUGGAUCCAAACGUAUAGUAUUCUAGGCAUACAAGACAUUUACUCCACCCCCUAUGGCAAUUAACAUCGAGUACCUGUUAAAGCGAGUGAACGCUCCACCAAAUAGAGUAUAUUUGCGUAACUCUCUACUGAGGUAGAAAUAUUUACCACAGAGCGAGAGACGACCAAGAGUACUUUAAACAUUUUCAAGCAUAUUAAAAAAAAUUAAAGUGCUUAUUAAUUAUAAUUUCAAUGAAAAUUUUGGCGACAAAAUAUAAUUGUUUGGUAAAUAUUUUUGAUUUAGUAUAAGGAUAAUUUCUUUCUCCUAUAGAUUAUUGAAUCAAUUUUUAGUUUAUAAUACUAUACUCGAGGGUAAAAUAACUAUGAUGAGCAUAACUAGGUAUACAACUUUGACAGUAUUAAAUAUGUGUCUUCGGAAAUAAAUGCAUAAUAUUAUUUAGACAUCUUCAAUCAACUUGUACCGAUAUUGUAUUUGAAGUUUUUUUUUUUAUUACUAAUGAAUAGUAUUUCGAUAUAAUUUUUAUAAUAUUAAACACUUUCGGAAACAACCAGGAACAUCGCACACCACUCCAUGAGCUUCUAAAAUCCCAUUAGCACUGGUGUGCAGACACGUUUCGUUUUUCUCUCUUUUCGAUAUGGUUUUUCGACUAAAUGCUGGGUAUAAUUAUAAACUACAUCUAUGUCGUUGACCAUAUGAUAAUUAAUAGUAAUUUUGAAUAAAGGUAGCCAGAUUAAAUUUUAAAUUUUUGUACUUAAAAUAACAGCUUACUUCUGCUUAUUUCAAACAAACCGGCAGAAUAUAAUAUUACACCUAUAGAUGUGUGCAGGGGCACUCUGAGAUUCUUACAGGAUGAUUGAAGUCGAAACGUCCAAAGUCUCGAUAUAGUUUUGUCACUGCGUAAAGCCAAAAACCAUAUCGUUCUAUAGACAAUAUAUUUUGACAGAACCAUACCUAAAUAUUGAACUCACACUGUGUAGGUACACUUAAUACAAAUUUCCCGAUCGUCGCUCACUGCAAAGUCCCACCUUGCAACAUCGACACACCCGCCCGGCAGAAGAGUAAACUCGGUAAAGGAAGCUUACUCCCCCAUCACGCACACGUAACAUACGCGACGGUGUUUAUGUGCCGGUCCAAGAUUGAAUUCCAUAAAAAAACGAGCGACGCCGUAAAAAUAUGACGCUUUGUAUAAUACAAUAAUAUUAUAAGCGCUUUUCCCCGCUUUUCCAUUUUUUUUUCAUCUCGUCCGUGCGGUAUGGACACGGCUCGAAUAUCGCACUCGCGGGGACGUUUUACGAGCCCAUACGCGUAAAUAUAUUAUUAUAUUAUUUACACCGUCGACCGUGUACGACGCGUCAUCGCCUCCUAUUUUUUGUUUUUAUCGCGAUUUUUUUCGCCGAUUUCCCCUACGCCCCGCGCCCACUGCGUCGUAAUAAUAUUAUAACCGAUCCCCCGACGACCGUUCGUCCGCCGGUGAAUUUAUACGGCGCGCCGCGGAUUCCGUGACAACGGCUGCAACGACGAAUUUAUAAGGCACGGCGCGGAUUUCGCGACGACACAGGAACGCCUUUGGUACACUUCCCCGCGGACGGGUGCAGCCCCACCCACCCUCGCAGUGAUUAUUUUAGUACCGGGCCGGGCGGCGCGAGCGGUCGAAAUAGCAUCAGACUGCAGUCGGCCGCGACAGCUUGCAUAACAUAUAGUGCGUAGACUUCUCAGCGCUGUCCGACAGCACAGCUUUACCAUAUUAAGUCUUAACAACGCAUAUUAUCACGUUCAUGUCGUCGUCCGGCGGCAAGAACAGUGAGGAAGACGCCGCCGCGCCGCCGUAUGCGGUGGUCGAGUCGUCGGAACUGGGACGGCACUGGGUGGCCGCCCGGGACAUCGCGGCCGGCGAGGUACUGCUCGAGGAACAGCCGUUGGUCGUUGGCCCCAAAGCCAGCUCGCCGCCUGUCUGCCUGACGUGUUAUGCGCCCACUGCAGGUUACAGGUGUUCGACUUGCGGAUGGCCGAUGUGCGGGCCGCGGUGCGAAACAUCGCCCGUACACCGUGACGCCGAAUGUCCACUGAUUGGCGGCCACUUCGAUAGCCGCCGAUCGGCCGCGUACUGCUUCUUGAUGCCGCUCCGUUGCAUGCUGUUGCUUCACCAGCUGGACGGCCGCCGGGCUGCAGAGUUCCGGUCUCUACAGUCGCACCUGGACGACAGGCUGGACACGCCGCUGUACCGUGCGUAUGCGGUCAACGUGGCCGCGUUCGUGCUGGACCGGUUGGGCCUGCGGUCGGCGGGCUACAGUCACGAUCACCGGUCAGCUCUUGAGGCGGCCGCCGUGCUGGACACCAACGCCUUCGAAGUACGUCGGCCCGGCGGCCGCAAGUUCCGCGCCGUCUACUCUCUCGCGUCAAUGAUGGCCCACUGCUGCACGCCGAACACCAAACACGUGUUCACCGGAGACGAGGUCGACGGCCAGCCGUCCAUUCGAGUGGUGGCAGUGGUGCCCAUAACCCGCGGCUGUCCCGUCACCGCUACGUACACGCAGACGCUGUGGUGCACGCGUGACCGUCGCCGGCACCUGUCGGCCGCAAAAUGUUUCGAGUGCGAGUGUGCUCGUUGCGCUGACCCCGCGGAACUGGGUACUCAUCUGGGCUCGGCGGCCUGCGAUGGCGGGGGCGGUGGCCGGUGUCCGGGUGGUCGGGCCACGGCCGUCGGCCGGUGGCUGUGCUCCACUUGCGGCCGACUCGCUAUCGACGUCGAAGCGGCCCAUGCGCUACAGGCUGUCGGAGCGCUUUCCAAGACGCGCGACUGCGCAGGAUUCGAACGGUUCCUGGAACGGGUCCGCGACGGAACGAUUCCGCCGCUGCACGCCGACCAUCACGUCACGGUGAGCGUCAAGUACGCGCUAACCCAACUGUACGCCGACCGGAUUUCGGAUCUGUCAGCAAAACAACUGGAAAACAAUACGGACAUAUGUGAACAACUGUUGCGGUUGGCCGACGUCCUGGAACCAGGAAUCACGCGAUUCCGGGGCCUACUGCUCUACUACUUGGUCCGAGGUCUCAGACAGCUAAAGCGGAUGAAACACAAACGGAACUACGACGAGAUGAUCAAGAAUUACACAGGAGAAGCGGUCGUCAUUUUGAAAACCGAACCCGAUCUGGUGUAUUUGGUCGAACAGUUACAAUGACCACACAAGAUGUACAUAAUUCGGUCACCGCCAAAUGUAUAUUAUGUCGUACAGUAAUAGUAGUGUUCUGUUUUUGUUAUAACUUAUAAUGUAUAGUUCUUUUUUUGUUUUUGAUAUUGUGGCGAUAAUAAACCGAGAGCUCAACGUUGAA